AAACUACUAGAGAAGGGGUACAAUACUGCGUACGAGUGGUACCAGAAGACUGACGGGAAGUGGAUCAUGGGCGACACCUUUUCAUAUGCAGACAUCAUUGUGGCAUGUUGGUUGCUCGCACUUAAACGAGUGCUGAAGGAGAAUGAUGAGUGGGCCAGGAUCAGUUUCUUGGAAUGGGGGAAAAUGGGCCCAAGUCCUUGUAGAUGUGAGAAAGAGUGUAAAUUGGCUUAGAAGAC